GUAGAGGGUUACCUGCACCUUCUCGUCUUCAAUUCUCAAGGUUCCGUCAGGGACCGAAUGGACAAACAUCAUCGCAAAAUGAUAAUUCUGAUAAUAAUAGCCAAAAGAAAGAAUAUACUAGUAUGGACAUUGAUAAAGUUGAUUAUUCGACGGCUACCAAUUCUGAGAGUCCGGCAGUAGUAAAUUCAUCUGGAAUACCACCAGCUAGACAGCGUACUUCUGAACGUGGAAACGUCUUCUUGGUAGAAGUAGCUAUAUCUAAAAUUAUGAGCUUUGAGCAUCAACAAAGUAUUGAAGCAUUAAAAGAGCUGGAUAAACAUUUAAACACUUCCCCUGAAUCAAUUAUUCCUUAUGUCGAUGAGCUUGUUAAUGCACUAACUAUUCAAGUGCGAAUGUCAUAUACGCAACUUGACCCACAAUCACAAAUCCUUGUUCGGCUGUGCAAACAUCUUGUAAAUGCUUUAGUUCUGUUGUUUUCAAAUAAGAAUUUGGCCUUGGCGGUUUCACAAGAAUCGCUUGAGAGAUUAUUAUCAGAGCUUGCUCAUCGUCUUCUGGAUCUAAAUCUUCAAGUAUUGGAAGCAGGCCAACAAUUAUCAAAAGCUUUAAAUGUUUCAAUGGUGAAAGUUCUCGAAAAUAGUAAUCGUAAUGCAACAUACAGGUAA